UUGUAUUGGAUCUCAUUAGAUUAUUAAACUGUCCAUAAAGUACACAAAUAAAUAGGUAACUUGACUUGUCAAUGAUACAAUUAUAUUUAGGAAAAAAAAUGUGUACAAAUAGAAUACAAAUAAAAAUCCUGACAAUAAAAAAUAUUUUUUUUUGGGAAAACCACUGUUUUAUUGGAUCUACUUAUAUUGGUAUUAAACUGUGCAUGUUGUAUAUUAGUAAAUAAGUAGCUUAACUUUUGAAUGAUAAAAAUGUUUUUAGAAAAAAAAAUGUUUACAAAUAAAAUAACAAAUAAAAAUCUAAUACAGAAAUAAACAUACUGACAAUAAUCAUAUUUUUUGGGGAAAACUACUGUUGUAUUGGAUCUUAUUAGAUUGUUAUUAAAGUGUCCAUAAUGUACAUGAAUAAACAAGUACCGUGAAUUGUCAAUGAUACAAUUAUAUUUAGAAAAACAUAUGUGUACAAGUAUAAUACAAAUAUAAUACAUAAAUAAAAAAAUCCCAACAAUAAAAAAUAUUUUUUUGGAGAAAACCACUGUUGUAUUGGAUCUACUUAUAUUGGUGUUAAACUGUGCAUGUUGUAUAUUAGUAAAUAAGUCGCUUGACUUUUGAAUGAUAAAAAGGUAUUUAGAAUUUUUUUUUUUUUUUACAAAUAAAAUAAACAAAAAAAAAUAUAAUACAAAAAUAAAAAUACCGAGAAACAUAUUUUUGGGGAAACUACUGUUGUAUUGGAUAUCAUUAGAUCGUUAUUAAACUGUCCAUAAUGUACAUGAAUAAACAAGUACCGUGAAUUGUCAAUGAUACAUUUAUAUUUUGGGAAAAAAAAGUGUACAAAUAAUAUACAAAUAUAAUACAUAAAUAAAAAAAAUCCUGACAAUACAUUUUUUGGGGGGCGGGGGCCACUGUUGUAUUGGAUCUACUUACAUUGGUAUUAAACUGUGCAUGUUGGUAUAUUAGUAAAUAAGUAGCUUCACUUUUCAAUGAUAAAAAUGUAUUUAGAAAUUAUUUUUUGUACAAAUAAAAUAACUUUAAAAAAUAAAUAAAAAUACUGACAAUAAACAUAUUUUUUUGGGGAAAACUACUGUUGUAUUGGAUCUCAUUAGAUUGUUAUUAAACUGUCCAUAAUUUACAUGAAUAAACAAGUACCGUGGAUUGUCAAUGAUACAAUUAUAUUUAGAAAAAAAAAAUUUGUACAAAUAAAAUACAAAUACAUACAUAAAAAAAUCCUGACAAUAAAAACAUGUUUGAGGGAGAAAACCACUGUUGCAUUGGCUCUACUUAGAUUGGUAUUAAACUGUCCAUGUUGUAUAUUAGUAAAAAAGUAACUUGACUUUUGAAUGAUAAAAAGGUAUUUAGAAAAAAAAAAAAUGUUUACAAAUAAAAAAAAUCUAAUACAAAAAUAAAAAUAGACAAUAAACAUAUUUUUUGGGGAAAAACUACUGUUGUAUUGGAUCUCAUUAGAUUAUUAAACUGUCCAUAAUGUACAUCAAUAAAUAGGUAACUGGACUUGUCAAUGAUUGUCAUUUAUAAUAUUAAAAAUGUUUACAAAUGAAUUAAAAAAAAUGUAAUACAUACAUAAAAAAAUCCUGAUAAUAAAGACAUUUUUUGGGGGGGUAAAAAAACAAACUACUCUUGCAUUGUCUCCCAUUAGAUAGUUUUUAAACUGUCCAUAAUGUACAUGAAUACAUACUGCAGUAACCUGACUUGUUGACAAUUCUAGGAUGAUAUUUACAAAAUAAAAUGAAAAUGAAAAAUCCCGACCAUGAAGCUAUUUUGUAAAAACCAAAGUGACUUGUCCACCCUGCCAGCACGCCUCAUCAGACGUGGAGAAGAUGGUCCUGGGGAACAAAUGUGACAUGGCGGACAGGAGACAGGUGUCCAAAGACCGAGGAGAGAAGCUGGCUAUCGACUAUGGGGUCAAGUUCUUUGAGACCAGUGCCAAGACCAGUCUAAACGUGGAGGAGGUAGGUCAAUAUUUGAAUAUUUCUGCUUCUUUAAACACUGACUGCUGUGUUGUCAUGGCGACCAGGCCUUUUACAGCAUGGGGAGAGACAUCCUGCACAAUCUCAGCUCCAAGACAACGGACAACAACGGCGGAGCGUCAGGUGACUCACUCAAGUGUCCGGGCGCCUUUUGCUCCUCCGGGUGGGCUUGUGCCCCUCGUCGGGCGUCAGCUGAUGUCACGGCAAGGAGGCGGGGCCUCGCUGAGCCUCAACGUUCAGUCCGCUGUGGGCCGGCCCGACCCAAAGAUGCUCCGCGAGGAAGCCCAAAACGUGCUGGUGGCCAUUGUUUGUGUUCUAGAACACCUCUGUUUUUUUUUUAAAGUAGCAAACCUUCAUUUUCUUAUUAAGGGAGGGAAUCUUUGGGCGCGUAACGAUUGGAUCCAAUUCUGAUUUCUGGGGUGACGAUUCCAUUGAGAAUCGAUUCUCCAUUCAAACAGUUUUUUGCAUUGCAUUAUUUAAUAUAAUUAUAUUGACACUUUUUGAGAAUCGAUUCUCCAUUCAAACAGUUUUUUUGCAUUGCAUUAUUUAAUAUAAUUAUAUUGACACUUUUUCAAAACAGGUUACAGCUUAGAAAACAUAUUUCUGGUUGCAUGGAGAUGGCCUGAAAUUGUUUUUAUUUUAUUUAUUUAUUUAAAUCUAUUUUUGAAAAUUAUGAAUCCAUUUAAAAUCAGGAUGAAUAAGAAUCCCGAUUCAGAUGUGAAUCGAUUUUUUGUGCAUCUCUAGGAUAUAAUAAUAUAUUUAAAUGCAUUAUAUAUUUUCAUAUAUAUAUACAUGUAGCUACGAAGCAGGUGUUAAAGUGAAGGCGUACAUCAGCCAGUCUAGAGACGACGUGGCAGGCAAAGUAAAUGUAUUAUAAUAUAUUUAAAAAUAUUAUACCAUAUAUUAGGGGUGCACUAAAAAAUCGAUUCACAUCCAAAUCACAAUUUUUAUUCAUCCCGAUUUUAAAUUUUCUCAAAACGCACCUCUUCAGAUUUGCUUUUAACCUGUGAUUAGUGUUCUGUGUCUUGUAAAUGUCCAGUGUUAUGUAUUUUACAAUAUACUGUUUUUAUAUUAUUACUUUGAACUGUUUUAUAUUUUAAUUUUUAUCCUGUUAAGCGUCUUUGAGUACUCUGAAAAACGCUACACCAAAUAAAA